UAGGCGGAAAGCUUAAUGUGUAUGCUACCGAGGUAUAUUUGUUUCAAACCAGAUGCAGAGUAGUUUAACAGGAUUAAAAAUAAGCAAAUGAUUGAUGCAAUCAGAAUCCUUAAGUCAGGUGACACUGAUGACCUCCAAAACCUUUUGCAAACAUUCAAUAUACAUUCUCGUGAUGCAGACAAUAAUACGUUGCUUCACCAUGCCUGUUUAUUAGGAAAUGUUAAAGCUGUACGUCUUCUGUUAGAUAGUGGCGUUCAUGCAAAUGCCUCCAAUAUUGAUGGACAGACUCCAAUUUGCGAUGCAGCUCUAAGCGGAUCAGCUGAGAUAAUUUCUCUUUUAUUAAGAAGUAAAGUUGAUGUUAAUCCACCAUCUUAUUGGGGUUCUCCGUUAAUCUAUGCCACACAGAAUGAAUCUAUAAAUGCAAUGAAAGUUUUAAUAGAUGCUGGUGCAAGUUUAAAUUCUCCUGAACGCAAUGGCCUUUGUCCACUACAUAUAGCUAUCCAAAGGAGAUUUUAUGCUGGCGUUUACCUUCUACUUUCUAAAGGUGCAGACCCGAAUUGUGGAGUACGAUUGACAACUCCCUUGCAUAUGGCAGCGAAAUUGAAUGACGUUGACAUAACAUAUUUACUGUUAGAAUUUGGUGCAUCUCCGACUUCUCUAGAUAAAGAGAACCGUACUCCAAUUGAUUAUGUGCCAAAUACGAGUCCAGUUUAUCAGUUAUUGAAAUCUGUACAAAAUCCUUUACUUACUUACGCCUGUUACUACUCGUGGAGGAGCAUAGGUCGCCCACCAGCAGUCUCCAUCCAACCCUGUCCUGGCCAACUUUUUCCAGUCGUUAUUCAUCCUUUUCAUAUCUGCUUCUAUUUCCCGACGUAAUUUGUUCUUUGGCCUUCGUCUUUUCCACUUCUCUUCAAGAUUCCAAGUCAGGAUUUUCCUCGUGAGGCAGUUUGGCAAGACUCUUUACACUCAACUAUUUUGUUUAGGCUUCUAUAAUCCCUCUGAUUACUGUUUAUUACAAUUUCAACAUUUUAUCACUUUCAGCUUUCCUUUGCCAAUUAUAAUUUCAUUAUCUGUCAUCAUGAUGAAUACUCAAGUUCUCAAACAACAAAAUUAUUAUUAGUUUUUUUAGUAAAAGUAACGUUUUAGUGAAUGGGAACACAAAUAGGGACAAUCAAAUGUAUUUGAACACAAAACUACAGGAUAUCUUAGUAAAAUCUGAGGACCAUACAGUAAAUACUUCAUUUACAAAAGGUUCGUUAAUUGUCUCAGACUUGAUUGUUCCUGCAUUUUAAUAUCAAUUGCUUUCUGUUCCUGUUCUUUCCUCCUCGAUCUUUUCGACCUUCUGCUUGCAGACAUUCUAUUCCUGACUAGCAUUUAUACUACUUAUGUUAAUAUAAGUGGCAUACAUCAACGUUUUCACUGCUUUCGUUUAUUCUAUCUCACUGUUACCAUGUUUAAGAGAAUUUUAUUAUCACCACCAUUGUAAUUAUUAAACUUUGAACAACCUAGUUGUAUCUCUAUUUAGUCAUUGUUAGGUUGGCUAGAAUGUAUUACUAAUUUAGUUAUCAUGGAAGUCCAGUGCUUCAAUCACUAUGCUUGGGUUAUCCUUAACACCUCUAAUAUUCAAUAAAUGUGUUAUAUCCAAUAGUUUCAGUUAUUUUUGCACUUGUUGAAAGAUUAAGACACGUGUUACGUAUGCCCAACGUGCAAUAUUUUAUGCUGUAGGAGUAAGUUUUAAGGAAGCUAAGGGCGAUCACAGCAAAAUAUGGCACAAAUCCAUGAAGUCAUUGACAAUUGGACUGAGCCAUGUUGGUAGGUGUGAACUACUUUGUUGGGAUCCGCGAGACGAUAGCAAUCGAUGAUUAGAGACCUUGAAUGACAUGGCUCGAAAUCGUUUGCUAUAGCGCAGGUGCAUCCACUCUUUGCGUUCUC